UAUUAUUUGGAAAAGAAAAUGGCAGCAACGAUUUCUUCGUACGUUAGUCUCGCGAGACGGUUUUGUAGUCUUGCUCCUCGGUUUUCUAGAAAUAUUUUGUGUGAUUCUUCAAGAAGUUCAUCAGUGAGGGUUUGUUCAACCACAGCAUCCAGUGGAAAGACCAGCCCUAAAGAAAAGCCCCCCGAAGGUGGUGAUCCAGCUGAGGGAAACCAGCAUGCUGCAGAAGCCCCAGUGAACCCUCUUGAGGAAGAAAACAAAAAUCUUAUUGAAAAAAUUAAAGAAAUUGAUGAUAAAUACAAAAGGGCCUUAGCAGAAAAUGAAAAUGUAAGGCAGAGGAUGAGAAAACAGAUAGAUGAGGCCAAACAGUUUGGUAUACAGAACUUCUGUAAAGAUUUACUGGAUGUGGCUGAUGUUUUAAGUAAAGCAGUAGAAAGUGUUCCCCAAGAUUCCUUAACCAAUGAAAAUCCUAACCUAAAAAGUUUGUAUGAAGGACUGAAAAUGACAGAAGCCCAACUACAAAGUGUCUUCAAGAGACACGGUCUUAAUCAAAUUAAUCCACAGGGGCAAAAGUUUAACCCAAACCAACACGAAGCACUGUUCCAACAACAUGACCCUUCAAAAGAGCCUGGAACUGUAUUCAUCGUAACCAAAAUUGGUUACAAACUGCAUGAGAGAACAAUACGUCCUGCAUUAGUAGGGGUAGUUCAAGGUCCAGCAUAAUGAUAUGUAGUAGUUUCUGAAUCAUGUGUCAGUAAUGAUGUAAUAGUCUAUUAAAGGGAACACUUAUAGUUUGUAAAACAGUUUUUCAUUGAUUUGUUUGUUAUGUAAAGAGACUUAAGAACGUAUUACACACUGGCAACAAAGGAAACUGAUUUUUAGUUCGAUACUCUGUGUCAUGAAAUACAACUUGUAAAGAUUAGAAUACAUUGAUUCUUCAGUUGGAUACUCUGUCAUGAAAUACAACUUGUAAAGAUUAGAAUACAUUGAUUCUUCAGUUGGAUACUCUGUCAUGAAAUACAACUUGUAAAGAUUAGAAUACAUUGAUUCUUCAGUUGGAUACUGUGUGUCAUAAAAUACAACUUGUAAAGAUUAGAAUACAUUGAUUCUUCAGUUGGGUACUCUGUGUCAUGAAAUACAACUUGUAAAGAUUAGAAUACAUAGAUUCUUCAGUUGGAUACUCGUGUCAUGAAAUACAACUUGUAAAGAUUAGAAUACAUUGAUUCUUCAGUUGGAUACUCGUGUCAUGAAAUACAACUU